CCAUGAACUAUUUGAUGAUGAAACGAAACCAAACGUAAGGUUGAAAACAGUCAGAACGAGAGCUUGUCUUCUUGAUGCCUGUGUCUCCCCUCCCCCUGUCGUCUCUGUCUGUGUGUGUAGUUCAGGGUGCGCCAUAGAAACAAACCAAGAAAAACCCAUCCUUAUCCACAGGCAGUUCCCCCCUCUUCCUUCCUUCCUUCCCAUCAUCGAAUCCAACCCACCACAGCCGUAUGCACCGCCCACAGCCACUGCACAAAAUUCCUUCUUUUUCUCGGGAAACGAACGUCCCCCCAACCUCCACUCGAUCCAUCUCCACGGACCCAUCUGCCCUCUGAAGCUCGCCAAUCAAAUGGCUUCUUCGAUCACGGCCCCAGGCCCUCAGGGCAUCACCUUCGCCAACCCUAAUAAGCUCUCGUGCUCCUCUUCCGCGAGGAGGUCCCCUCUCGCGGCGUUCCCGCCCCAAUCGCCUUCCCGUGGCGCCGACUCCUUGCUCUGCCUCUGCCACGGCCGGUCGUCCGAGCCGCCGUCCCAGCCCGACCGCCCUGUUCCUUGGAGGUUUGGCUCUGUGAUUCAGGACUUAGUGAGGUCCGCGGUUCAGAGCUUCGAUUCUUACAUGAAAUCGCAGAAGCAGGGGACGAAGAGCCCCGGGGAAAAUGGCCAGAUGGAGGAGUCGAAAAAGGGUGGCUUGGGCGAUGAGUGGGGUUGGGACCGGUGGAAGAAGCACUUCGAGGAGGUCGAUGAGCAGGAGCGCCUUAUUUCCGUUCUAAAGUCGCAGUUAGGUCGUGCUGUACAUAUGGAAGAUUAUGAAGAAGCUGGUAGGCUUAAAGUGGCAAUUGCAGCAGCAGCUACGGGUGACACUGUUGGCAGGGUUACAGCUUACCUGAAUAGAGCUAUAGCAGAAGAACGAUAUAAAGAUGCAGCCUUAAUAAGAGAGAAUGCUGGUGCUGGGCUGGUUGGAUGGUGGUCUGGUAUUUCAGACGAUAAAGAUGACCCAUAUGGCAUAAUUGUUCGUAUAACUGCAGAACAUGGAAGAUAUGUGGCAAGAAGUUAUAGUCCUCGGCAACUUGCUAGUGCUGCAGUUGGUGUUCCCUUGUUUGAGGUCUUCCUUAAGGUGGAUGAGAAAGGCGAAUACAAACAGCAGGCAGUGUACUUGAAGCAGAGGCGAGGGCAAGAUACUCCUUCCGGUACUUACAAGGCAUUCAGUAAUGCCAGUACUGUUCCACUGGACUCUGCUGAUGGAAAGAGCAGUAUACUUUUUACAAGCAGUGAGGAGGGGGAGGAUGGGGAGGAGGAAGAAGAGGACAACAAUUUAUCUGGAGAUGGUUCUGAUCUUCCUGAGGAAGUCCCUGGGUUUAGGAAUAUUCUAAGAGAUAUGAUUCCUGGCGUGAAGGUCAAGGUUUUGAAGGUGACUGCUCCAGGUAAGGUAGACAAGGACAUGAUAUCAAAGGUGAUUGAGCAGAUGAUGGAAGAAGAAGACGAAGAAAAUGACGUUGAAGUGGAAGAGUUAGACACUGACGAUGAAGUUACCAUUGAAAGCGAUGAGGAGAAAGAUUUGAUUGGUCUAGAUUCUGGUACAGGAGUUUUGGGAAGCAAAGGGCAGGACGAGUUUGCUGUUAAGGUGGUUGUGGGUGGUCUCAUGCAGAGACUGUCCAGCAGUGUGAACUCGGAAGAUCUGAUUCGUGUUCCUGCAAAACUAGAGAAGAGAGGGCGUUCUUCAUUUUCUUUCUCUAUGGAUAAGGUCAGUGGAUGGGGCUCUAAUGGAAAGAAGCAGGGUCCGAUGAAUAAAGAAGCCAAAUUAAAAGGUCAACGGAGCAUGGACCAUGUUAUGUUGGAUCUUGCGAAAUUCAUUGGUGGGGAGAAGGUACCAUUAAAGGUGCUUAAAGAUGUUGGUGAGUUAAUAAGCCUCACACUAAGUCAGGCUCAAAACCACCGACGACUUUCCGGAUCAACAACUUUUAAUCGCAUCGAGAUCCCGAUAACUCUUGAUCCGUUAAAUGGAUUGUACAUUGGGGCUCAUGGAAUUUACACCUCAGAGGUAAUUCGUCUUAGACGCAGAUUUGGGCAGUGGAAAGAAGAUGGCUGGAAACAGAAUCCAUCUGAUCUCGAGUUCUAUGAGUAUGUUGAGGCUUUGAAGCUCACGGGAGAUCGUUAUGUUCCAGCUGGUGAGGUGGCAUUCCGUGCAAGGGUUGGAAAAAGAUAUCAGCUUCCUCACAAGGGGAUAAUUCCAGAAGAACUAGGAGUGAUUGCUCGGUAUAAGGGCCAAGGGAGGCUUGCGGAGCCUGGUUUUAGAAACCCAAGAUGGGUGGAUGGCGAGCUGGUUAUUUUGGAUGGAAAGUAUAUUAGAGGAGGGCCGGUCGUUGGGUUUGUCUACUGGGUCCCAGAAUACCAUUUCUUGGUAUUCUUCAAUCGGCUGAGGCUUGAGGAUUAGAUAGAUUCUCAGCGUGCAUAAAUACUGGACCUUUCUGAUGUGCUGCUCGGCUUUUUUGCUGAGGCUGUCCUCGGUCUUGCUGUAAAUUAUGUUUCUACUCGGAGCGAUCUGAAGUGAGAUUUACUUGGGAAUAUGCUCAUUCCAGUAACCUCGGUGGACUAGCAAAAAUCCGGCAGCAAUCUCCUUUCUUGCUGUUGAAGAUGAUCUCUUAUCUGAGAAGGCUUCCUUUUCUGCGGCUGAGUGGGCAGAGAUCACCUUGGAUGUCUCGACCUCCUGUACAGUGCUUUCUCCCUCGACUCGUUGCUUCGCUUCCCGAGAACUCUCGUCUCCUGUCUGGUACAUAGAACAUCGGUCCAGAGACACAUUGGGUUGGGGCCUUGGGAUUUUGGAUUUUCGACGAAACUGCUCGUAUUAGUCUAUCGUGUUGAAAAGUUUUUUUUGACACUGCUAAUGUUUCUUUGCGACUCAAUGGCAAUGAAUGAUAUGAUAUAGUUCUUUCUUUACCACUAAA